CUAGCAGAAGAAUGCUGCUGGCUGUUAUAUACCUCCUACUUUGGAGCUUCUCCACCUCCACUGGCCACUUCCCUAGAGCCUGUACCUCCUCCAAGAACCUGAUGGAGAAGGAAUGCUGCCCAUUGUGGAGGGGUGAUGGGAGUCCCUGUGGCCAACUUUCAGGCAGGGGUUCCUGUCAGGACAUUGCUCUAUCCAAUGCACCACUUGGGCCACAAUUCCCCUUCACAGGGGUGGAUGACCGGGAAUCUUGGCCUUCUGUCUUCUAUAAUAGGACCUGCCAGUGUUUUGGCAACUUCAUGGGAUUCAACUGUGGAAAUUGCAAGUUCGGCUUUUGGGGGUCAAACUGCACAGAGAGGCGACUCCUGGUGAGAAGAAACAUCUUCGACUUGAGUGUUCCAGAAAAGGACAAAUUUCUUGCUUAUCUCACUUUAGCCAAGCAUACUACCAGUCUAGACUAUGUCAUUCCCAUUGGCACAUAUGGACAAAUGAAUAAUGGAUCAACACCCAUGUUUAGUGACAUCAACAUUUAUGACCUCUUUGUCUGGAUGCAUUAUUACGUCUCAAGGGACACCUUGCUUGGGGGAUCUGAAAUCUGGAAAGACAUUGAUUUUGCUCAUGAAGCACCAGGUUUCCUGCCUUGGCAUAGACUCUUCCUGUUGCUGUGGGAACAAGAAAUCCAAAAUCUGACAGGGGAUGAGAAUUUCACUAUUCCAUAUUGGGAUUGGCGAGAUGCAGAAAACUGUGAUAUUUGUACAGAUGAGUACAUGGGAGGCCGCAACCCAGCAAAUCCUAACCUACUUAGCCCGGCAUCCAUCUUCUCAUCCUGGCAGGUAAGAUGCUCUCAAAUUGAAAACUACAAUAGUUCUUUUAAUUUCAGCAAUAUAUUAAAAGGAUUUGCUAGUCCACUUACUGGGAUAGCAGAUGCCUCUCAAAGCAGUAUGCAUAAUGCCUUACACAUCUACAUGAAUGGAACGAUGUCCCAGGUACAGGGAUCUGCCAAUGAUCCCAUUUUUCUUCUUCACCAUGCAUUUGUUGACAGUAUUUUUGAACAAUGGCUCCAAAGGCAUCAACCUCUUCAAGAAGUUUAUCCAGAAGCCAAUGCACCCAUUGGACAUAACCGAGAAUCCUACAUGGUUCCUUUCAUACCACUGUACAGAAAUGGUGAAUUCUUUAUCUCAUCCAGAGAUCUGGGCUAUGAGUAUAGCUAUCUACAAGAUUCAGAUCCAGACUUUUUCCAAGAUUACAUUAUGCCCUACUUGGAACAAGCAAGACAGAUCUGGCCAUCACUUCUUGGUGCUGCUAUGGUGGGUGCUCUCCUUACAGCUGUGCUGGGAGGGCUCACUUGCCUGUUAUAUCAUCACAAGAAGAAGCAGAUCCUUGAGGAAAAGCAGCCCCUCCUCUUAGAAAAAGGGGAUUACCACAAUUUAUAUCAGACCCAUUUAUAA